AUGGCUUCAUCGGAUGAGAAGGUGGUAGAAGAAAAAGCGUCGAUGAUUUCAAGCCUGUUGGGUAAAGCAAAAGGCUAUUUCGCGGAGAAGCUAACGAAUAUUCCGACACCGGAAGCCACCGUGGACGACGUCGAUUUCAAAGGAGUUACACGUGAAGGAGUUGAUUAUCAUGCAAAGAUCUCCGUCAAGAAUCCUUAUUCUCAAUCGAUUCCUAUUUGUCAGAUCUCUUACAUCCUCAAGAGUGACACAAGGGCGAUAGCAUCGGGCACGAUACCGGACCCGGGUUCGUUGGUUGGAAACGGCACGACGGUUCUGGAUGUACCGGUAAAAGUGGCGUAUAGCAUAGCGGUUAGUCUGAUGAAAGACAUGUGUUUGGAUUGGGACAUUGACUAUCAACUCGACAUUGGACUAACCAUCGACCUUCCUGUUGUUGGUGAUAUCACCAUUCCUAUAUCUACUCAGGGUGAGAUCAAGCUCCCUUCCCUUCGCGACUUCUUUUAA